UUAAAGCUUUGCCUUAAACUCGUUAAUUUAUCUCUGUUCACAGUUACUGUACAAAACCGCGUACUGCUUUUGGUAAUGUCAUUCAUGACUUCAAUAACUCGAAUUAAUAAGUAUAUUUACAUACCUCGCUCCUGUUUAAUGGCUUUUACACUGUCAUGCCGGGGCUAAACUCUACUGUUCUGUCAAUCUAAUGUCGCGCGCACCUCUUUCAGGACCACUGUUUUUGGCUUCACACUUUCCGUCAUGUGGACCGCAUUAAGGUCACUUGGUCGCCACCAUUCGCCUAUUUCAAAACAUCCGUCUUCCAGUUUUGAUCGGGACAGAUUUUACACAUCAUUCAAACUGCAAAACUAUAUUUGCAUAAAUCAGGAAAUAUGUUUAACUGUCUAGUCAAAUUUCUUUUAAACACUCAAUUUGUUCUACGGUUAAACGCGUGACCACAAGUGCCACAUUAUGGUAAUUGAAAAAAGACUUCCGACUGCUCACGAACGCGUCUGAAAUGACUCCGAGCUUAUUCCACAAUCGCCCUGCGCAAUGUCUGCGGAUAAUCAUUGAGGAAUAGCCAGUAUUUUGUCUAUAAGAUAAGGGACUCGCUGCACAGCCCCCAUACGUGCAGACGGUAAUUGCUUUAGAGCUGGAAGUCCUCAGUUGGUUUUGUGACUUUUAUGGCACCAAAGCGCGUUUGACGCAUUCUUUGGUAGGACGUCCCAUCCCCCCUUCUUCCUCCUGUCCCUUUAGCAGCGAAAUUAUCAAUAUGUUACAAAUGGGGAAAGAAAAGGGCACAUACGUUCCCCUUCCACAACCAAGAAAGCCCGGAGGAACGAAAAAAACAACAACAACAACAACAAACGUUUAGAAGAUAUACAGCCUAUAAAAUAUCUGUCCUUUCUUAUUUCCUCAAAUGAAGUGUGCUGACGGACAACCAUAACUGAAUAAACGGAAUAAUGUAUUUAUUAUCAGUUCAAAUUUGACGACUUCAAGAUAAGCCUGAAAAUCAAGACAGCACAAAGGCCCAAAUGGACAUGCAAAAUAGUACCUGCUGUUGCAAAAAUGGCGUAAUGUGAAAAACAUUAUGUUGUUGGCCUCCUUCGAACAUUUUUUAUUUUAUCUUAUUUUUUAUAAUGACACAGGCGAGUGCUAAUCAUGAAAUUCGACUUUUAAAUGAAUAUCAUAACGAUAAAGUAAGAGUAGCUCUGUUGGGAAUAACGUAUUGUUUUGUUCUGGAAUUGUAACGUUUUAUCUUACAAAUGUUAUUCCAAAGAAGACUUUUGGCCCGGGUUAUAAACACCGUACAUAUUAAUAACGCACGUAAUUCUAAUAAAUAAAUUCUUGCCAAAUUUAACAUGCAUAAAACUUAAAAUAUCCCCAUGGCCACAUUCACUUAACAUGUUGUUUGUCUCUUUCACUGACGUAUAAUACUCGUUGAGGCAUUGAUUAUUGUACAUUUAGGUCAUAUUUCCUUUUUUAUCGAAGGGAGAGAGAGAGAGAUAGAGUGAGAGAGAGAGGGAGAGGGAGAGAGUUUUCCUUAAACAUUAUCAACUGAAACCACUGGGAUAUGAAGCUACAAGCUACAUAUUCCUCCGUAGACAGCGCUCUCAAUUGGUGGAAAGUGGUCAGGUGACGUUGUCAUAUUGUCCUUCCUUGAGCCAAGGCUUGGCUAUAACACUUGGUUUGCGCGUCUUAACCGGAGACUAGAAAUUAAUAUUAUUGAAAUCCUACUGAACUUCAUUUGCUAGGGAGUUUGGAAAGCAGGAAGGAGACGUGUGUAUGGGAAAGGAACAUAAGACACUUAGGCGCACAGAGAGGAAGCGUGAGAGACUGAGAAACGGGAAAUAGGGAAAAGGAGAGUGGACGUGAGAGCGAUAGGGGAAAAGUAUGAAUUCGUAUUUCGCCAACCCGUCGCUCUCGUGCCAUUUAUCUGGUAGUCAAGAUGUUUUGCCCAACAUGCCACUGAACACGACCACAUAUGAUCCGGUCAGACAUUUCUCGUCCUACGGCUCCACGGUGACCCAGAACCGGAUCUAUGCGUCCCCUUUCUAUUCACCGCAAGACAACGUUGUGUUCGGGUCAAGUCGGGGACCGUACGAGUACGGAUCUAACGUGUUCCUCCAAGACAAGGACGUGCUUCCUAGUUGUAGGCAAAGCAGUAUGGGACUCAAUGCUCAGAGCCACGUUGCUCAGGAUUACAGCCUGGAACAAGCUCGAGGUGGAACGCAAGAACAAAAAGGGAACAUACAGAUCUACCCGUGGAUGCAGCGCAUGAACUCGCACAGCGGAGUUGGGUACGGGUCAGACAGAAGGAGAGGUCGCCAGAUUUACUCCCGAUACCAAACCCUGGAGCUGGAAAAGGAAUUCCACUUCAAUCGCUACUUGACCAGACGCAGACGGAUUGAGAUCGCCAACGCUCUCUGCUUAACAGAGCGCCAAAUCAAAAUCUGGUUCCAGAACCGACGCAUGAAAUGGAAAAAGGAAAGCAACCUAACUUCGACUGUAACGGGGACCGGAUCGCCGGGUGCUACUCAAGGGGCCGAGAAACGGAGCAUUCAGGAGGAGACAGAAGACGUUAAAAAGAAAGACCAAUAAUCUUUUCUUUUCUUUUUUUUUUUUUAAUUCUUAAACGCCUGUUAAACUGCAACGUAACUACCUAAACUCUCAGAAAUGCAAUUAUAACUGCAUGGACCGUAUAUUCUGCUAUACCUUUUACAACCUUCUCCUCAAAACCACCCCACACAAAUACUCACGUGGAGAGAGAGAGAGAGAGAGAGAGAGAGAGAGAGAGAGAGAGAGAGAGAGAGAGAGAGAGAGAGAGAUAUGAUAUGCAGCGUUAUGCAAUUCACUACUCUUUGAAUAGAGAUUCAGAAUGUUUGCCUCUUUUUUUGGCAGUGUGGAUUAAAUACCAUAGAUGCUCUUUGUGCGGUAAACAGUCCUAGUAUUAUCGUGUUUAUAUAAGCUUGUAGGCAGUUAAUCUAUGAAACGAACUAUACACUAAUUUGAUCGAUACGAACCGCCUUUCUCACUGACGCGGUUUGCAAACGCAGCACCGUCCGCAUUCCAAAUGUGAAGGAAACGUAUCGUGUCGUUUUGUUCCCACUCAUCUGUGCAAAAGCACCAGCAGUGACGGGACGAACCGUACUACCUAAAUUCUUAUUUUGUGUGCAUUUCAUCUGUCUGUAUCCCGUCAGUGCAUUGAUGUGCAAACGCCGCUGUGCGGACUAUUUACUGUUCAGUACAUUUAAUAACGGUUCACCAUACUCUUAUAUCCAUGCUUAUAAAGUUGUCUUAAAGUGAGUAAACGCAGCUAUGAAAAAACAGACAUACAUU